UUCAUUUUUUAUUAAUCAAUAAUAUUCUACGUUCGACUCUUCUAUAUAGACGCGCUUCUGUAAUUCUAAACCCUAGGCUACUUCCGUUCUUCUCCGAUUGAUCCACGAGUGCUGUGUUCUUUCGUGUGGUUUCAGUCCUGAUUUCUGUGAAUUGCUCGUGGAUUUAGAUCUACCAGACCUACAAUCAUGACAACGUUGCCAAGAAAGAUGCUUAUUGAUGGGGAGGUGGGAAAUUCCGGUGCAGAAGAGGCUCAAUAUGAUUUUGACUUGUUUGUCAUUGGAGCUGGCAGUGGUGGUGUUCGGGCUGCUAGGUUUUCUGCUAAUUUUGGAGCUAAGGUUGGGAUCUGCGAGCUUCCAUUUCAUCCAAUCAGCUCAGAAGUAAUAGGAGGAGUUGGUGGAACUUGUGUAAUCCGAGGUUGUGUUCCCAAGAAGAUUUUGGUAUAUGGGGCAUCUUAUGGAGGUGAAACUGAGGAUGCAAGGAACUAUGGUUGGGAAAUAAAUGAGAAUGUCAACUUCAACUGGAAGAAGCUUUUGCAGAAAAAGACUGAUGAAAUAAUCAGGUUAAAUGGAAUUUACAAGAAAUUAUUGUCAAAUUCUGGGGUCAAAUUGUUUGAAGGAGAGGGUAAGAUUGUUGGUCCUAAUGAAGUGGAGUUGACACAACUAGAUGGCACUAAGUUGAGCUACUCAGCAAAGCACAUACUCAUUGCAACGGGUAGUCGGGCCCAGCGCCCAAAUAUCCCUGGGCAGGAGUUAGGGAUAACCUCUGAUGAGGCCCUUAGCUUGGAAGAUUUACCUAAGCGUGCUGUGGUGCUUGGUGGAGGGUACAUUGCUGUUGAGUUUGCUUCAAUAUGGCGGGGCUUUGGUGCCACUGUGGAUCUUUUUUUCAGAAGGGAACUUCCAUUAAGAGGUUUUGAUGCUGAAAUGCGAGCUGUUGUUGCAAGAAAUUUGGAAGGCAGGGGAAUUAAUUUUCACCCUCAGACAAAUUUAACUGAGCUGAUUAGAACAGAGAACGGCAUAAAAGUACGCACUGAUCAUGGUGAAGAAUUAAUGGCAGAUCUUGUACUCUUUGCUACAGGUAGGGCACCUAAUACAAAGAGGCUUAAUUUGGAAGCCGUAGGUGUGGAACUCGACCAAACAGGAGCAGUGAAGGUGGAUGAGUACUCACGCACUAACAUACCGAGCAUAUGGGCUGUUGGUGAUGUCACAAACCGAGUGAAUCUUACCCCUGUGGCAUUGAUGGAGGGAACCUGCUUUGCAAAAACCCUUUUUGGUAAUCAACCGUCCAAGCCAGACUACAUGCACAUACCUUGUGCAGUGUUUAGCAUACCUCCUCUUUCUGUAGUGGGCCUAAGUGAAGAGGAGGCCAUAGAGCAAGCUAAUGGUGAUGUUCUAGUAUUCACUUCAACGUUCAAUCCUAUGAAGAACACUAUUUCUGGACGUCAAGAAAAGUCGGUUAUGAAGCUUCUUGUUGAUGCUGAGACGGACAAGGUUAUUGGAGCAUCCAUGUGCGGCCCAGAUUCUCCUGAAAUUAUGCAGGGAAUUGCUGUUGCGCUCAAGUGUGGAGCAACCAAGGCACAAUUUGAUAGCACAGUGGGAAUACACCCUUCUGCUGCUGAAGAAUUUGUGACCAUGCGAUCGGUGACAAGGCGCAUUUCUGCAACUAAAGCAAAGACGAAUCUGUAGAGUCAAUAUACAAAGGGGAUGAUAAGAGGCCCAAGAACAAUAUGUGCAGCUGGAUUCACUUGAUUCAAAGAUAAAAAUGGAAAAUUAGAUUGCUAGAGAAAUAUGGUUAGUUGAUUUGUCUGAAUAAAUGUUUUUCACAAAAAUCAUAGCUGCAGAGUUGGGGUAUCUUAGAAACAUUAUUAUUUUUCCCAUGUAUGUAGUAAUCUUAUUGGGGUUCGCUUCAUUAAGCUUCCUGAUUUGCAAAUCGCCUUCCACCAGUGAGCAGAAGUCUCUUGACAUUCACAGCAUAUGUUUUUUGGGCCCUUGAUCCCGUUAGAUCUCAUGUUACAUUCUUUUGUUGAAAGUAACCUUGUUCCAGUUGUGUAUUUGAGAUUGAUGAUGGCAAUUUCAUUUUUUAUUAUACAGCGAAAGGAUUUUAUUGAA